UUAAUACAAUCGAAACAGAAAGAUGGAUUUCAAAUGCCGUCAUUACAUAGGGUUUGUUUAUUUCUCUCUAGUGCACUUUUAAAAGAAGUUAGGAGUCAUUUGGGAUUCAGCCUAUCAUAAAGGCCCGCCUCACCUGUGACGUGUUACUCGCUGAUUGGCGCGAGCGGCUGCUGUUUCCUCAACGCGGGAGCUGAAAAUAUUGCAUUCAUAUUUAAAUAUAUAUUAAAUUAAUAGAGGCUUAACCUGCAUGUACGAGUUCGUGUAAAAGAAUAAUAUUUCACACAACAGCGGUACCGACUUCUGGAAGUGCAAGACGACUUCCUUAACAGAAGAGGCAAAUCAGUAUGGAAGCUAACUCUAAGCAGCUAACUAGCUAACUUGUUACUGGGCAAUGAGGCAGCCUGACAGUAAAGUGUGUUAAAUAAACCACGUGUAAUCUGCCCGCUAUAUGCACCAUCAUUCAGGACGGUAGUAACCACAUGGACCACUGCAGCGGGAGGGAGGACAAACAGCACACAGCCAGAAUGUGUUUUGGACAGUACCACUACACUGCUGAGGAGUACCAGGCCAUACAGAAUGCUCUUCGACGGAAGCUCGGACCCGAGUACAUUAGCAGUCGGCAAGCAGGAGGAGGACAAAAGGUGUGUUACAUUGAGGGUCACAAGGUCAUCAGUCUGGCUAAUGAAAUGUUUGGCUACAAUGGCUGGUCUCACUCAAUUUCUCAACAAAAUGUUGAUUUUGUGGACCUGAUUAAUGGGAAAUUUUAUGUUGGAGUCAGUGCAUUUGUGAAAGUUCAAUUAAAGGAUGGCUCAUACCAUGAAGAUGUGGGCUAUGGAGUAAGUGAGGGGCUCAAGUCCAAAGCGCUGUCACUGGAGAAGGCCAGAAAAGAGGCUGUUACAGAUGGACUGAAACGAGCACUGAAGUGCUUCGGAAACGCUCUUGGAAACUGCAUCCUUAACAAGGAGUAUCUGAUAGCAAUCAACAAGAUUCCCAAGCAGCCCCCUUCACCUUUAGACCCACAAAAGACGAAGCGCAGUGAUACCGAGCCAGCAGUGGAGAAGGCUCGCUACAACAGCCUGUCCCACACUGACUCCAGGGCUUUCAGUAAUCCAGCCGAAGCAGUACUGAAGUCUCCGUCGGUACAGACUGGAAUCCAGCCAGUGGUUGCAGAGCCACAGAACACUGUGAACUCCAGAAACCCAAUCCCAAACAUGAUGGCACAUUCAGCCAACACUUCGGCUCAACAGGACUGUGAAAGCAGGUCCACUUAUAUGUCCAGAUCAUCCACGGACAUGGCCGACUUGUCCUGCUUUGACCCUGCGCUGGACUCUAAGCAGCAGAGGAAGCUGAGGCAGCAGCAGCUGCAGCAAAAGUUCAGACAGGAGAUGGAGGCCAAGAAGAUGCAGCAAGUCAAAGUCCAACCGAAGACUGAACCCACAGCAUCUCAUACCAACCAAGGCCAGGCUUUGGGCCCCAUUAAUCAUAGCACGCCUUCUGGACAUGAAACACUGGUCAAGAAGGAGGAAAUUAUGACCGAUGACACAGAGUUGUGGGAUUUUACUCUGGAUGGCAUCGAUGUACUCGAUGAUCCGGUGAGGGAAUCGUCAGCUCUGCCCCGUCCUGCCACACCGAAUGAACACACAAUGGUGACGCGUAGUAAAACUCCUCAGAGAGCCACUUCACUAAGGCCACCGCUUCAUUCACAUGACCAUCAGGGGCAAGGAGGAUCCAUGAACUAUAGACACAAUUCAGCAGCCCAGAAUACAGCUAGAGGAACAGCUCUCCAGAGCCCAUACCGACAAGGACAGUACAUGAAGAAAAGGAAGCUUGAGCCUUGAACCUAUUUGACAUUUUAUGAAUUUUUAUUUUUUUGUAUUUAAUUUAUUGCAUUUUAUGUUACUUGUACAGAAUUGUUGUAGCAUUAAUAAAUAUUUAACACUGUUCAAAAGGU